ACAUGAUAGUUACAUAUUUUUGCACUUUUUAUCUAUAUGAAGCAUGUUUUAAACAUUUAAUCAUUUAAACACAGACUAUUACUACAGAAACUUUAAAAACGGCUUUCAGCUAAUAAAGAUGAGUGACCAUGAUGGCCAGCUGGUAGCCGAGUACAGGACAACCAUAAACAGCAGUGCUAAAUAUAUAUCAGCAAUGCUGAUCAUUGACAAUGAUAAAAUUGUGACUGCUGACAGUAAAACAAGCAAAAUUCAGCUAUAUAUGUUAGAAGACUUUGAACUUAUUAAUGAAAUCACGCUAAAACAUGUUGGAUGGUGGGGCAUCACCGACAUGACUCAGGUUGACUCAGAAAGAUUUGCUGUUUUAGUACCAGGCUUUUGGACAAGAAGUGAUAUUCGCAUCUUCAAGCUGGAUGAAGAAAAACGGAUGAAAAAAGUUGGAAAAUUCAACACCAGCAGAAGAAGUUUUGGACUUUGCUUUCAAAAAGGUUUCUUUUUCGUAACAAUCUCUCCUGCCACACUUUUCAGAACUUCUCAAAAUAGUUGUGUCAAAAUGUAUAGCGAAAAUGGGGAAAGCAAACAAGUGUUUACAGUAGAUAAAGAAAACAAUGCCCUCUUCGGCAAUCAUCUGUUGAAGAUUUAUGUAGAUAAGAACUUCCGGAUGUUUGUUUGCGAUGUGGAAAAGAAUGAGUUAAUCAUUCUAAAGAUUGACUCAAUCAAUCGUGAAGUAACCGUUCUAACACGACACAAUUAUCUAGUAAUGGAUAUAACAACUAAGCUAGAUGGGACGUCUUUCCUUGCAACGAGUCAGCGUGAUGGUAUUGUGUUGUUGCAUGCAAACGGAGGUUGGGUCUUCAAUAACUUUUUACCAUGUGGGAAAUUAGAAGGAAAACCUCUCGCUGUUGCUUUUAAUGACAAGGACCAACAAUUGCUUGUUGCCACACAACGAUCUUCCUGGUAUUCUCCAUGGAGCACUUUGGUUUUCAUAGUGUAUGAUGUGAAAUGCAGUUAUUCAACAGACUUCCGUGUUACAAUAGAAAAAUGAUGUUAUGUAGUCAACAACCUUAUAUGUUAUCAAAAUUCAACAAUGUACAGACAUGGUACCACCCUCUCACAGAGGUCAGACCAGGUUUACCCACUCUCUCACAAUGGUCAGAUCAUAGCUAGUAAGCUUGUUCCCAGUCUUAUGCUGUGCAAAAAGCAGUACAGGAUUGACAAGAUUAUAUUGGUUAACUUGCUGGAGGGACAACAGUCAAUACAAUGGCUAGAUAUAAGAAGUCUACCAUUAAAAUGAUUCAGUUCCCACAAGAAUUCUGUAUAAUCCUUAUGUAGAACAGUAGAGCUGUCUAAUAUAUUUGAAUACCAUUUCAAUUCUGUGUUUUACGAAAUAUGUUUUUUUAUCUAUAAAGAGGCAUGCUACUAGAUGAACAUCAAGAUUGAAAAAUAUUUAAACAGAUAAAAUACAAAUUCAUAAAUCUAUUAUUUUGAGUUCACUGGAUGAGAUGCAAAUGGGAAUAUCUUGUUAACUGUUUCUGUAAAGAACAUUCUGCUUUAGUUACUGCCGUAACAUCUGACAGCUAGAUUCCCAUCUGCAUCUGUAAACAGCAGCUGUAGAACAUUUUUUAUUUUGCAUACAAAAUUUUCACAAAUCACAGAAUAAAUAAAGCAAAACUAAAUACUUUUA